AUGGUGGCGGAGUUUAGGGCCUCAAGUGGUGGUCUGACGAAGUUCAGGCCCUUAGGUGGUGGUCUGGCAAAGGUGAUGGCCCCAGUCGGUGGUUCGGUAAAGGUGAGGGCCUCAGGUGGUGGUCCAACGAAGGUGAGGGCUUCAAGCGGUGGUUCAGUGGGUGUGAGGGCCUCAUAUGGUGGUCCGACGAAGUGCCGGGGCACUCAGUUAUGGAGCUUUGAGGCAUUAAAUGGGAAAAAAAAUUCAAGCUGGGGAGGUCCAAGGUUGGUGGCGUGGAGCAAGGGCUAUUCGUUGUAUCGGCGUUGUUCUGCUGUGAAAGCUGUGGAUGGGGUUAGGGUUCUUGAAGCGGCGAAGGAUGAGAAGCCGAUCAUUGUUAUAGAUAAUUACGAUAGUUUUACUUAUAAUCUUUGCCAGUACAUAGGAGAGCUUGGAACUAACUUCAAGGUCUACCGUAAUGAUGAGUUCACUGUAGACGAAAUAAGAAGGAUGAAUCCUAGAGGUAUACUAAUUUCUCCAGGGCCGGGUGCACCGAAAGAUUCCGGAAUAUCCUUACAAACUGUUCUAGAACUUGGCCCCUCUAUUCCACUGUUUGGAGUUUGUAUGGGCUUGCAGUGCAUUGGAGAGGCUUUUGGAGGAAAAAUAGUGCGAUCUCCUUAUGGUGUUGUACAUGGUAAAGGCGCACUUGUUUAUUAUGAUGAGAAGCUAGAGUAUAGUUUAUUCUCUGGCUUACCGAACCCUUUUAAUGCUGCUAGAUAUCAUAGCCUUGUGAUUGAAAAUGAUAGUUUUCCUGACGACAUUCUGGAGAUUACAGCAUGGACUGAAGAUGUACUUAUUAUGGGUGCUAGACACAAAAAGUAUAAGCACAUCCAGGGAGUGCAGUUUCAUCCAGAGAGUGCCAUCACCACAGAAGGGAAACGAAUUGUUCACAAUUUUCUCAUGUUGAUAAAGGAAUUUGAGGCUGAAAAGAAUGCAUAGUGAUUUUCUCUCUUAAUUGAAGAGACUUCAAUCUGAGUUCAGUCUCAGAUUUUAUGUGAAUUUUGAGAUAAUUGCUUCGGUCAUAUGCUUCAUGCUUUAGUGGACUUGUUGAAGAAGAAUUAUUUCGAUCAUCACUUUGUGCUUUAUGAAUUUGUUGAAUAAUUUGAAACCAUCAUCAUAAGGUAAACGAAUUGCUCACAAUUAUAAAGGAAUUUGUGGCCGAAAAGAAUGCAUAGUGAUUUUCUCUCUUAAUAUCUCUUCUGAAUUUCUAUUGGGAGUUCAGUUUACAAAAUGUUUCAGAAUUCUCUGCAAGAAAUCUAUAUUUUUUUGCAGUAUAUUAAACAAUUUGUUGUCCCA